AUGACAGAUAAGGAGAAAAAUGGAGAUGUUGCCAUGGAUGGAAUGGUUUGCAUGAUCAAUGAAGUUGAUUUCUCCACCAUCACAGGAUUGGGACCACCAGUGCCCGGGAAGGAAUGUAUGAAGUUCGUUGGGGAUGAUGAGAAGCUAACAAAUGGUCCACCUAAUCAGAAAAUUAACUCAACCAAUAUGAUUAAAAAGCGUUCUGCGAAAAAAGAUGAAGUGUCAAGGGAAAAAGUCUUGCAAGCUUCAAGGAAGCCACAUAAGAAGCAGCCGUCAAAGAGAGGAAGAAGACGUUCCAUAAAUUCAAGUAUUGGAUCUCCAAUCCAAGAUCCUCAAGAAGAUGCAUCUGGAGGAAAAACAACUGAAACGAAUAGCAGAAUGGCCAGUGAUGAAGUACCAAUCGGCGGUGUAUCUGAUGAUCAACCUCUUUCAAAGUGGUUUGAAGGAAUGCACACUCCGACUACUGUAGAUAGCUCAAGAGUUUUCCCGGGUUGGAGCGUGCAGCAAAGUGCCGAGGCAAAUGAGAUAGAAAAAGAAAAUUUUAGUGUGUCUCCUGCUGUUGAUGAUAAAGGUAAUACUGGGCAAGGUGGAAAUGGAAGCUUGCCUUUUGUGAAGAACACACUACUUUGGCAAACAAUUGAAUCUAUGGAAGUGUUUGAGAGAAUGCCACAAAAGCCACAUUUCCACCCGCUUGUCGACUGUAAAGAGAGUUCUCGUGAAGGAUUAGCUAUAGGUAGUAUGGUAACCUUUUGCAGUGUGGUGGAGAGGACAGCCAGUUUGCGAUUUGAUGGUCCUAGAAGCUCCAUUGAGGAGUGUUUGGAAACCCUGGUUGAAUUGGAAAGUCAUGGAUUUGAUGUUCAGGUGGUACGAGACCGUUUAACUGGACUUCUAUUGAUCAAGGAUAAGCACGUACAUCUUCAGGACCAGAUAAAAGAUGUUGAGAGUGAGAUGGUUGAUCAUAAUGUUGAGAAAACUAAAAUUGUUGAGGAGAUUGGUGAGAUUGAAAAGCAGAUAGAGGAAUUACAGGAAAAGCGUGCAAGGGCCAUUUCAAUGAAGGAGGUGAAGGAUUCUGAGAUUGCUACUUUGCAGUCGAGAUCGGAUGAGCUCAAUGAAGGCAUAAGGAAGGCCCAAGGUGAAUUUGAGGGCUCAGCUUCUGCCCCUUGGUAA